GAGGGUGGCAGUACGGGCUGGGUCGGGGCUCUGGGACGUGCUCUCCACUCAGGUGCAAAGAUGGGGUGCUUCACCUUUAUCAAGGUCAUGAUGAUCCUCUUCAACCUGGCCAUAUUUCUCGGUGGCGGGACCCUCCUGGGAGUUGGCAUCUGGGUCACAGUGGAUCAAAAGUCAUUCCUGGAUAUAUUUGGGACGUUCUCCUCUAGCGUCCUGCAGGUUGUGAAUGUGAGCUACUUCCUCAUCGUCAUCGGUUCCAUCCUGCUGGUGAUUGGCUUCCUUGGGUGCUACGGUGCCCAGAAGGAGAGCAAAUGUCUCCUGAUGAUGUUCUUCUCGGUGGUGCUGAUCAUCUUUAUUGCCGAAGUUGCUGCUGCUGUGGUGGCUCUGGUCUACACAGGUCUUGCAGAGAUGCUACUGACAAGUGUGGUGACCCCUCUCCUGAAGGAGAAGUAUGGGGAGGAUGACAGUCUCACACACAUCUGGAAUGUCACCAUGGAGGAGGUCCAUUGCUGUGGCCUGAAUAACUACACAGACUUCACCAACUCCACCUGGUAUGAGAAAUACGGAGUCUACCCGGCGCCCUGCUGUAACAGCACGCAUCCCUGCAACGACACGCUCGCAGCACAGGAGGUGGUCCCGGGUUGUUUUGAUAAGAUUUUGGAAGAAAUCAGGACUAACGCAGGUGUGGUGGGUGGCGUGGCAGCCGGCAUUGCUGCCUUGGAGAUUGCGGCCAUGGCAGUUUCCAUGUACCUGUACUGUCAUCUGGAUCAGAAAUGACCCCACGAGGCAGGAAGAUGAUCUGCCACCACACCACCCCCCUCCCCAUGCUGGGGUGCGCCUGUGGUGUGCCGUGCUCUCGGGGGGGGGACCCCAUCGCUCCCUGGGCCUGAUGCUGUUCUGUUCACUGUGAUUUAUAGUCGUGUUUGAUCUACUGAGCUGGGAUCUGUAGAGUUUAUGUGUAUAUUUUUGUACUGAUAUGUCACGCCUGAGGCUGUACAUAGAUUUGGGGUUUGUUUGGGUUUUUUUUUGGGUUUUGUUUUUUUUUUUUUUGAAGGGGGUACGGCAGGAAGCUGCUUGGCCUGUUUGGGAGAUAAAGUGGUACAGGGGCCCAUCAGGGCUGCUGAUCCGGCAGUGGCACAGCGAUGUCUUGAUAUCUUGAUUAAACCCUCGCAGGCGUGUACUGAACCUUUCCCACGCCGUCCCCAUGGCCUCCCUGUGCGUGGGCUGGCGCUGGGGCUGGUCCGUGCCCCCCUGCAUCACUCCAUUAAACUGGCACUGCUGCCCAGCCGAGGUGUCGUAGGUGGUAACCACCCUCAAAUGGGGAUGUACCUACCCCUGCACCCAUCUUCUGCCAGCCCUGACCCCGUCACUGUGUUGUCCCCUAAAAGAGGUGCUGGCUGAUCUCUGCCCUGCCCCGGCAUGAAGCACAGCCCCGAGGACCCUGUACCUGCCCUGUACCCCUUGUCAUUUCAUGGCUGAGCCCCUCUCCAUGCUGUGAAGAAAAACAAAUAAAUUUUUCAUCUUGGAUACAAA